CAGUGCUGCUGAUGUUAAAUACAGACAACGGGAUUACAAUUGGAUAGUUUGCACUGGUAACAGACGGUUUUCCCGUUCGCAAAAAACAUCAAAUUAAAUUAAAAUAAAUACUGUUAAAAUGAACAUUGUGUAUAACUAUAACUGGAUAAAUAAUAAUUUGAUGUAACUCAGCAAAGGUAAAAAAUAUCAAUAUAUACAACUCUUCAUCAUUACUGAGUCGAUUUCAGGAGCAUCGGAUGCAAGGCAGGAACAAAAACUGGAUGGAACGCCAGUCCACUGUACCAUUCAUAAAAUAAACCCGGAAUACUUUCAGACAAGCAACAAGAGAAGCUUGGGUGAAAAAAACGAACAGAAGAAAACAACAUGAAGAGGAAAACGGCUACAUGGACCGAGGAUGCAACUCUUAUUUGCUUUCUGCUAUUCUCGUCGUCAGUGUGUUUGCUUUGAAGUCUCAAGAACCGAAGAAACGACACAAAAUUGGAUUGUAUUUUAAGGGCAUGCGAUACUAGAAGAAAGCGUUAUGUUCAAAUCGGAAGAUAACGUGAUGUAACUUCAACAAAAAACACGAUUCUCUAAGACUGUGGUGGGGUGAUGAACAAUCGUUAAAUCGACGUCGCCUGCCAAAUGAAGGCACAAGAACGUCAGCUUCCACGUUCAGCAGUUCAGAAUUGUGCUUUAUAGUCUUGCUACAAAAUAUCUGCUAGCUAAAGACAAGUAUAAAAGCCGCGGACUUGAGUGCUGAGGAGCGGCAUCCGCACGUCGCCUGCAGAAGUGCACUACUGGUGGUCGAGAAACCUGGGAUCCCUCGGUGGCAGUGACACGCAGAAAGAUAAACGCUCUGUUGUUUGCCAUAAUGGAGAUCUCAAUGAGUCAAGGCCUUCUCAUUCUACUCCUUAUUCUGGUCCCAUUGCUCUAUGAGUGGAGUGCCACUUUUAAAUAUUUCUGCAAGAUGGCCUUCUACAAUGGCUGGAUCCUGACACUUGCUGUGCUGGCUAUCCCCAUCUGCGCAGUGCGAGGACGCAAUGUGGAGAAUAUGAAGGUCUUGCAAUUCAUGCUUCUGCACAUCAAGUACUUGUAUGGUAUCAAGAUUGACGUAAAGGGCUGGGAAAACUUCCCUGUGAAAGAACAAUAUGUGGUGGUAUCAAAUCACCAGAGCUCUCUUGACCUGUUGGGAAUGAUGGAAAUACUGCCAGGUCGUUGUGUACCCAUUGCUAAAAGAGAACUCAUGUAUGCUGGCACAGCUGGAUUGGCCUGCUGGUUAGCAGGGGUUAUUUUCAUUAACCGAAAGAAGACUGAUGAUGCAAUCAGUGUGAUGUCUGAGGCAGCACAGACCAUGAUCCAGGAGGAUGUUCGAGUCUGGGUGUUCCCAGAAGGUACCAGAAAUCACGAUGGAUCAAUGCUACCGUUCAAACGAGGAGCAUUUCACCUUGCUGUGCAGGCCCAGGUUCCCAUAGUUCCUGUAGUAAUGUCGUCUUAUAAAGACUUCUACAAUAAAAAGGAGAGAAAGUUUACUACAGGGAGGUGUUCAGUUCGGAUUUUACCCCCAAUCAACACACGGGGCCUGUCCUCAAAUGAUGUCCCCGAGUUAGCUGACAGGACACGUGAGCUUAUGUUGUCUACCUUUCUUCAAAUUUCCAAUUCUUCCAGUUCUUCACAAAGCAUAGCCAAUGUCCAUGGCCAUCUGAUGAGGACCCAAAUGGAAGGAGAUGCUACUCUGAUGAAAGCAUGAACAUGUCAUCCAAGAGACACUGGUGACGAUGGUGCACGAAAAUAUACCAGAAAAGGGAGGAAAGAGGGGGAGGAGCUAAAGUAUUGAGAGGAGUAGUAAACUGGUCUACUCAUUUCUCAAGAGAUUUUCUCACAGGUGAAGAUAUGGGAGCCCUUCAUCAAAAGGGAACCCUCUCUAUCAGUGUGCACUCAUUUCAGUCAGCUUACAUCAUUAAGUUAUUAACUUAUUUUAAAAUUCAUUGUGUAUAAUGAUGAGGUGUAUUUCUUCCUAGUGAGGUGGACUAAAUUACUUGGUGCUCCCUCCCUUUGACUUGCAGAAAAUUAAAGGCAGCUGAAGUUUUGCAUUUGCCUGCCAAUGAAACCUGUUCCUUGUCUUGGUCUUCAUAAAGACACGAGUUUGCAAAUGCAUUUAUGUAGCAGUUCUUUUGCCCCUCCCAUUUAAUUGUUUUUUUCAUCAGACAAGUUACAUUUAGUUUCUUCAAGUCUGAACUGUCGUUUAGAUCCUGUGUAGCGCUGUCAUACAAGAUCCUCCUUCAAGUUCAUGCUCUUAUUUGGCAACAGGAAAUAAAAUCUGACUUAAGUGUUGUUUACUAAGUGGAUUAAGUGUAGUUAAAUAAACUGAAGCAUUCAGUUGAUGAGACACAGUAAGCUUAAAGCAAAGAAAGUAAACCUUAUGUUUUAUUAUUGGACAAGCAAUACUAAGAGGACAAUAGUAAAUUGUGGUUAUCCUCUAAACCAACUGGGUAAUCUGUAGUAGUUUUUUUUUGUAAAAUGGAGGUGUAGUAGUACAAUGUAAUGCACAAUGUGUUUUCUGUGUUUAACAGCAUUGUGGGUCUCUGCCUAGACAUAUCAAGCAAACAGUCCCUUUUCUUUGGCUCAUUUGGCCUUCACUGCACCUUAAGGAAUGCUUUGUGGUAAAUAGCACUUUUUCGCUUCAGUAAGCAAGCCUUGUAUAAGGCACUGUGUUAGGGCUUUGCUCUUAUACACAGUUGUAUACAACAGUACAGUCAGAGGACUACACCAUAUGAUGAAAAGAAUGACAUCUGCAAUGGUGUACACAAUUAUAUGGCUACUUUGGAGAAGAAAAAAAUUAAAUAUCUUACUAGAUUUACUCAAAAUAUUUCUUGUAUAUUCUGACUUUCCGGAAUAGUUUGCAGUUUAGAAUUUUAGUUUUUUUUAGGGACUCAUUUUCAUUUUUAAAAGACUAUAAUGACAACGUAACAAUUUUUAUAAAAUUUUCCAGUUUCUUCAGUUACUUUUUGGCAGACAUCCUCAGUCUUUUGCAUAGACUUAUUUUUCUAAGAGUUGUGCCCACAAAUAUUUAACAUUUUUCCAGGGACCAACACAACAUAUCUCCUAUUUACAGAAUGUCCUGCUAAACAAAGAAUAAUAAAUAUUCAUAAUCAAUAUAGCAUGUUACUCUGUAAAGGCUAUAAGAAAAUGUGUUCCAAAAUAUUCUGAUACUAUACUGUUCAUCUUACGACAGGAAAACUGAUUUCUGGUUUUUGAUCCUUAGCAUCAGGAUCAGAACUUUACUUGUAAUUCUUUAAUAUUGUCAGGCUGCAUCAGUCUAGUAAGCCUUUAGUUGGGAAGGGCAACAUCCUUCUUUGGUUUAGUGUGCCAAACCUUUCACCAUAAAAUAUAAGAUGUGACAUUUGUAAUUGGUUAAGGCUGCCAGCAUGAGACCUGAAACAGUACUUUGCACCGUGACACACUUAAAGUCCGAUGUUUUUUACCUGACAGCCUUCUGCUUUGUGCCACAUAAGCAAGCAAUUAGAGCAGGCAGUUUUGAAAACAGAUUGAUUGCUAAAAUGAAACAGACAAUGAAAUGUAGUUUUGAUAAUAGAGAAAACACCGAUUACUUGGCUGAGAGUAAAGGUUUCAGAGUCGAGCCCAAUGAUGUCCAUUGAUACCACAAAAUGCUUUCUCAGAAGUGAAAGAGAACAUACAAUUUGGAAUUUAAAGCUGCUAGGAUAACAAAAUGACAAAACCUACAUUUAAAGAGAGUUAUAGUUUUUCUUUUUUUGAAAUCAAACUACUUUAUGUACAAAUAGUUGGAAUGUUCACAGGCAUGACUGGUUAAACAUACUGUAUGUACGCUUCAGUAUUUUUACAAUGUUGCAAUAUUGGCAGCUAAUUAACAAAAACUUAUUUGAAGAGUGUGCAUAUAGUUUUUUUUUUGCAAAUGUAUCAAAAUUUAAAUCUCCUUAUUUUGAUUAACUCAACUUGUCUCUUUAAAGGAGGCCUGAUAUCAUGGUACAAAAACCUUUGUGGGUUGUAAGAGAGGUUGAAAGUAGUGCAGAGAGCCAGAUUUACAAAAGCAGCUUUGCAUACUUUAAGGCACCUUCCUGGACUGAAGAAAAACAUUUGCUGUGUGAGUUGAUCAGAGUACCAACUGAGCUGGUUUGCUUUACCUAUUUUUCCUUUUGACAUUGAAGUACACAACACAUUUUUUUCUUAUCAGAUGGAGGGUCAAUCAUUUGUACUUUGUACCUUGUAAAUCCGAGGCAGUGUGAGAGUUCACAAUACUUAGAAUGCAAAUCAGUAAAGUACAGCACUUUUAAGGUACAACAAAGAUGACUUUAAGAACUAAGGGUUAAAACGUGGAAAUUCAGCAGUCAAAAUUAGCAAGAAAACCUCUAUUGAAUGUAAAAUAAAUGGUUUUCAUACACAUUCUUCUUUUGUUACAUUAUUUUUGCCAGUGAAGCACUACCUUUACAAUAAAUAAUUAUGCAUUGAAAAUCCAUCCAUUUUCCAACCCGCUGAAUCCGAACACAGGGUCACGGGGGUCUGCUGGAGCCAAUCCCAACCAACACAGGGCACAAGGCAGGGAACCAAUCCCGGGCAGGGCGCCAACCCACUGCAGAUGCAUUGAAAAUGUGUUUAGGAAUUUGGUAACGAAGCGACCAAUAGCUUAGGCAACUACUCAUCACUGCCACUCUGGCCCUUAUGUUUUAUGACUUUUAAUAGUCGUACAGCUUCAGACUAAGUGAAUAAAGAUCUUUAGAUGUCUGUUGAUACAAUGUGAAACUAUGCCAUGCACCUCCAAAGCAUUUUAUUUCCAAAAUACUUAACUUAUUAACAAAUACAACAGUAAAGUGCAAACUAGCUCUCCUACUUACAUAACAAGUAACUUGCGUUCACUUUGCCUUUGUACUUGGCCGUCUUAUUUUCCUCACAACUUUGAUAACAGGAGGAAUCUGCAGACUCCACACAGAUACCAACUGUGCUAGCAAUUAAACCAAGGUGCCCAGAGCAGAGCUGAUCAUUCUACUUCCAUGCUGCACAUUGUACAUUGUUUGAUCGUGCUUGAUUAAAAGAUACUAUGAAACUGUAUUUUAUACAUUUUAAUGCCAGGAGUUGUGCAAGUUGGAUUCAUCGUAGGUUAGGAUGCUAGUGUGAGGGGUGCCCAAGAAAGGUACUGGUAAACAUGAAUGAUAACAAUCUUAGUCUUUUAAUUUGGUGCUAAAUAAGGACCAAGUGUUGCACAUGAAAUAGAGACAGUAAAACUGUGAAGGCACCUUAAUAUCACACUGCAUUUUUAACUUGUGAAAUUGAUAGUCAAAAUGUUUGCCACAAACACACAUUUUGACCAGAACAUUGCCUGUGUUUCUUUAUUUAAAUUCCUUUUUUGACAGCUUCAUUUUUUAGAAAGCUUUUAAAGAAGCACAGAAUCGCCCUCAGCCUUUAUCAAUCACAUUGUGGUUAUAAAAUUGGAUAUUCAAUCUGAACCUUUGUGAUAAAUACACUCGCAGUAGUUUAGUGUGGUUAUAUGGUUUCCUGGCCAUCUGUGUGCAUUUAGUAAAUCUGGCCCAGAGUGAUUUGACAGCCAACAAAUUGUACAACCAUUUUACAACAAGGCAUCUUGAUGUAGCCAGUUCAUUUCUGUCAGGUAUCGGUGGAUCUGGGUAAUCAAGUUAUAGUGUAAUGCACUGGAAAUGUAAAAGCUGUGAAGUGAUAGGUGAUUAAUAAUGUCUUGGCCUUACCAUUUCUUUUUACUUGGAAGUGAAAUAAAACUUGACCAUCAUCUGGUAUGUUAGAUACCUUCACAUGGUACUUUGAGUUUUAAAGCGACCACACUACGGUAACUGGUACCUCUCUUUUGUUUUUGUGUGAUAUUUUUUUUAAAAUGUUUUUCUUUUAUUUUUGAAUAUAUGUGAUUUUAUUUAAAUAAGCAUUACUUUGACUUUGUGUUAAAAUGUCAUUGUUAUAAUGAAGACUCCAUACUACUGAUGCUUUACGAGAGUAUUUUAAAUACUACAGUACCAUACAGUGGUACCAAAAGUUUGGAAAGAAGAGUUCUCUAUGGAAAUUAGUUCUAGGGAUCUGAGAGCCAUGAAAUUUGAAAUGGUUUCGGCAACUCUUUGCCAGAAUGUCUUAUAAUAUUUAUAUUCAAUGACGAGACCUAGGAAAUCAAUAUCUCCUCCAGUAUCAAGAACCUACUUACUGGAGUCUGGGAUCCAGCAACUCAUUAUACUGACAGCACUUAUAACCCAAAAGAUUACGAAUUUGUUAUUCUUAAGGAAAAAGAAGCAGUUUUAAUUACAUUUUUGGGUGACUGUUCAUCUUUUAAAGGCUAUAAAUACUGAAGCCUAAAUAGAAGUAAACAAAAACCCCAGGAGUUUUGUUGAUCACGCCUGUCACCACCAAGCAGAUAUCCCAUGUAUCUGUUUAAGUCACUUUUUCGGUUUUCAUGUCUACUCUGACUGCUCUUCAGCCUUACUUUCAGAUUUGAUUUUGCUUUGCUCGUGCCAGUUUUCUUAAAAUGAUGUUUUUCUUCCUGUUCAGCUCUCUUUUAAAAAUAUAACUUAGAAGUGUUUACACAUCUAACAAGCUUCUAAAAGGCAAACAGCUGACCAAGUCCACGUUGGUCUAUAGUAAUGUAUUAUCGAGUCAGCCAGAACACUGCUGGGAAUUUUGCACACUGACAAGACAAGACACUGUUUGGUGGCCAGGGAGUGAUUAACUGAAACCCAGGGCUUAACGGUGCAUCAAUAUAUGCUUUGUAAUUACUUUUUUAUAUAAUUAUAUAUGGUACGUAUUUAUCAAUGUUUUGCCUUUUUGUUUUGCUUCUGGCUUUGUGCACAAGUCUUUGUGUUUAUUUUAUUGCUAAUUUAUUAAAAAUGUCUGAUUUUAAAAAA